GGAGCGGAGCCCUGAGGGCUCUCGGACCAGGAGCGAGUUCACCCCCGCGGAGCGGGCUCUCCGGUUUCAGUCGGUCACGGACUCGGCGACCGGUUUCUCACUGUGACUGACCCCGGACGGGCUGCUCGGGCCCUUUGAUCUGCGGCCAACGCGACUGCAGCUUCCGUUCCCAUGCGACGAGCUCUCCCGGGCAGAACGCGGCGCCACCGCCUCCUCAGGAACGGAGCGUCCGACAAGACGAGGAUUCCCGGUUUUCCCACGAAGGCCCCCGCGUGUGCACCGCACCCCUCCGCCCACGAGUGUGGCUAAUGAGGUACGGAAGGGCGCUUCUCGCCCAGACAGACAGACACACGCCGCCGCCCCAGACAGCCGCAGACGGAAGUGCUCGCUGCCUCUCGGAAAUGCGGCCGAGCCUUCUCCCGCCGGCCGGGCGGCCCGCGGCCCUCCUCGUCGCCGCGCUCUUCGUGAGCCGAGUGCUGCCAGCCGGGGGCAGAUUCAAGGAGGUCUGUGAGCGUCCAAACGGCUCCUGCCAGGAAUUUUGCAUUGAAUCUGAACACCAGGCGGGGAGAUGUUUAAACGGCCAGUCGUGCUGCCUGCCCAUGGGGAACGAGCCCGUCAUCGAGCCGACUACACCCAAGGAAUGAUGAACUCUUUGAAGCUCUGAGUUUCUACAGAUGUUUUAUUCUCUAUUUUGUGCACUCAAUCUAGGUCUCUUAUUUCUGUCUUCUCCCA